AUGUUAAAGCCCUCGCCGGUGCCUUACAAUGUGAUUGGCCGGCGGGCACCGCACAGGACGCACGACAACACGGUCAACUACCGCGCCAACGUGGAGUGGCUGGAGCAACAGCUGCAAUGCGGCGACGAGGACGGUGUCGAUUGCUUUCUAGACGUGGACGCCAAGUCGCUGUACUCCAACGCGCUGCUGCCUCGCUUCUUUCCCACGUUCACCGGGAUACUUCCGUACUCGCCAUCCAAGCUGAGGCAGCUCGUCCACCUGACGGGCGUGAACGUUCUGCUGGGCCACAUGGAGGACGAGGUGCCAUACCUGAUGUCGCACUUGCAGAAGAAAGGCGUGGAAGAAGGGCCGGUGCUCGACAGGAUGGUGCCCAACUUGCUCCAAUACUUGGGCUUCAACGACAGCAGCUCCGUCGUCAUCGCCCACUACUACACGAAUGCAGUCUUGACCAAGUGCUGGGUACACUGUGCUUCUUCACUCAUUGUCACAAAAUCACAGGGCUCGGCGGGCAACGCGACGCACUGGGCGGGCAACCUGCUUGCCGACGUGCUGGUUUUGUGCCCCGUGCGCCACUUCGCCGACUACCUGGUCUCGUCGGGCGGUAACAGCGUGCACCGGUACCUGCUGCUCAGGCGACGGCAUCCAUCGACUGCGGAUUCAAUCUCGCAGGAAGUCGAGGACGACUCCCCGAGCUCUCCGGAGAGGCCGCCCCAACUGUAUGCCCUCGGCCUGGUCUUUGGCGAUCCGCUGCGCCGGAACAACAGCGACGCCGAAGAGCAGGCGCUCAGCCGUCGCAUGAUCACCCUCUGGACGGACUUCGCCAAGAGAGGGACCAUUCCGGCCGACUUGGGUGAGAACAUCUUCAACUACACCAUAGCCAUUUCAAGUGCACCGAACACCGACCGGAGCCCGUUUGAAUUCCGCAAAACUCAGUGCGACUUUCUCAAAGACCACUAUCUGUGACCGUUCCUUUAUAUUCACUGACCAU